UAAGAAGAUGCUGGAAUCCGACAAGUUCAAGGUUUCGGAUGGAAAGAUCGAGACAGUCACCCUCUAUGAGCUUAAACAAGAAGAAUUGGAGGCUUUAGUUGAGUUCAUUUACAACAACCGCUCUGUGCUUUCUGAAAAAGAGAAGAAACAUGUUCGACCACUUUAUAUAGCAGCGGACAAAUAUGAGAUUCCGCAUUUGCGGGAUCUAUGCAGAAACAAGCUUAUAUCAUCUCUUAACUCAUCCAAUGCUCUUAACGUCUUGGAGCUGUCCUUGAUUCCUUUUGACAAAGCCCUAAACAACUCUGCUGCAAAUUUUAUCGUAGGGAAUUUAAGGACGAUUUGUGACUCUGUUGAGUUCAAGGUUUUCACUGGCAGGAAUCCAGAUCUUUCCGUCGAGAUAGUGAAGGCUUAUUUUACUCAGAGGUGCAAUGGUCAGUAUGUCUAGCUACUAGAAGAACCAUAUUGUACCUUUCGU